AUGGAUCAAACGGCAAUCGGCUCGAGCUCGUCCGAAGCAACGGAGUCUGAAAAUUCGUGCACCGAACGUUACGAUUAUGAAAAAAAAUCAACGAUGCCUGGUAACAAAAUAAAACAGAAGAGCGAGGAGGAGGAGGACGAGGAAGAUGAAGAAGGGGAAGAGGAAGGAGAGGAAGGAGAGGAGGAGGAUGACGACGAGAAGGAAAGAUCGAAGAGGGAAACCCCACGGAUCGGGGAUCCGUACGAUGAAGCGCCAUCUCGUGGGGAAGCAUUGUACCACGAUCUUGAUUUCCUGAGGGAAAACAACGGCAUAGAUUCAAUUGGGCGAAACUUGCGAUUGCACGAUCGUUAUUUCAUCGACGAACAACAAAAACAGCAGCAGCAGCAGCAGCAGCAACAACGUUUAAAGAGAAAUUUUCAACGUCCAGCUUCCUUAAAAUCUGUUAAUUCGUACGAGUAUCGUGAAACAGCUGGAAGUGGACGUCGCCACUUUACAAUGGAGAACAAAGGUCAACACGAACACUACAUGAUUCCAACACACGAGCCAAAUCGAUCGAACGACAAACGUACGAUGUCUCUUUUCAAUCCAGAUUUUUUACCGAACUUCAACGACAUGCUUAUGUACGUCGGUAACACAGGAAUAACGAGGGAUCGUGAUUACUAUCGUUGCAACGUAGAUCCCAACGAAUGGUCGAACAAUGAUGCUAAUAGCUCGAUCCUCGACGAUCGUUCCUCCAAUAUUUACGACUGCAACGAUCGACCCGACGACGAAUCUUCUUGCGGCGAUCCUUACAAUCUCGAACAAGAGCCUGAUUACGCGAGUAUCCGUCAGAUGGUUCUUGACGUACGAGAUACGAGAGAACAAGACUGCGAGAAUAUUUAUGCUCCUGUGGGCUUUCAGGGAUUCAAGAGCCAAGGAAGAAAAGAUUUCGACUGUUGAGUUCCGAUCGAUCGUGUUGGACGGAAUUAAAAAUUUUUAAAAAUAAAUAAAUAAACAAAAGAAAAUCAACGUUAAAUAUGGAACUUUGAACGAACACGAAAGUUCGAAACUUUGGCUAAUUUAUGUGUUACACUUUAGAAAGCUAAAGAAACAGGGGGCAGAAGAUACGUCGACUGCUUUUCUCCCUCUGCAUCUCUUUCCCUAUAUAUGUAUAAAUGUGUUUUGCUACGUUCAACGAGAUCGAAUAGAAACCGAAUAUAGUUUUGUCAAAUGUGAUACGACUGGAGAACGACUGUGUUCUUAAGUAGUGCGGCCUGUUUAGGUGCUUAGGAGUGUAUGAACGAGAGAUAUAAAGAGAAAGAGAUAAAAAAAAAAAAGAACAAAACGUACGAGAAAGAAAUAUCCACGCGAAUAUAGGGAGAGAAAAUAAAUGAAAAAAUAAGAGAAUUUUAAUGAAUAACGAAACAAAUGAUAAAAUGAAGAUAAGAAAAACCUUUGCGAUAUAGACAUAAGCAUUCUCAGCAGAUGAGGCGUGCCUUCCAUGUAUUUUUGUUGGCAUUUUUCUUUUUCUUUUCUUCGUAUGUACAGAGAGAAACAGAAAGAGAGAAACGGACGUAAAGUAGAGGGCCGGGAGUGAGAGAAAGAGGGCCGUGAAAAGAAAAUCGUAAAAUCUGUGACGAGAACGAAGAAAAAUUUUCUCGAGAGCAGCAAACGAGAACAAAAUACGUCCGAUCGUUGAUACCACAGUGAACAUUCGAAUAAUCGCGAGUUCAUUUUUUUACACGAAAGGACAAGAUUUUUCUUUGAAGAAAAUCAACUUUGGUCAUUGUCCUGUAAAUAUCAGCGACGAUGGCAGAGGUGGAAAUGGAAGGAAAUUCUCAUUCAAAAUGUUUGUGCUGUUGAGGUAGUUUUUACCAUGCGUCGUACAGUUCGUCGUCAUAUUAUUCAUCCCAGGCUCAUACACGAGGAGACAUACAGAAAAAGAAAACACUGGUUGAGAGAAAACGAAACAACGUUGUGAUCGCACCGUUGAGCAACGCAGUGAAAUCAUUUUAUUCCAUUUUUCCCAACGUUCGUUUACACUUUGUUUUUGUCAAAAUAGAAUUGUCAAACUUUCUUACAGACGAAAACAGAAAAAAAACAUUUUGAAAUAUUGGGGGAAAAUAAAACAAAACAAAAACCACUGCGAAUUCUCAUUGCUGAUUCAGCAACGAUUCACAAACUUGUCAAAUAUAACGCGUACACAAAAGUUUGCCCAAGUUGAACUGCCAAGUGUGACAAAACUAUUAAGAAAUAUUGUAAAUAUUGAUAUUAACAUUAUCGUUAUUAUUAUUUUUUAGUAUUAUUAAUAUCUCAUUAUUAUCAUCGUCUUCGAAGCGACGAAUUCUCGACAAAUUGCCACUGCGGAAUAAAUGUAUAACGCAAUUCAUUUACCGUACAUUGUAAAUACGAACAAACGAAAAAAAGAUUUUAAAAUAAUGCGCGAGACGAAAAAAAAAACGAGUCCAACGGCAGUACGGAUGGCGAUAGGUAUAGCGUUAGUAGAUAUUUUUUCGUAAUCAAUUUGUACACGUAAACGCUUUUCUCAAAAUUUUAUCCAUUAGAGAUUAUUAUUAUUAUUAUCAUUAACGGACAAUGAUUUUUGUACAAUGACAGAAUAUUUAUAUGAUUAUACGCAACAUGGCAGCUAUUUUACAUAUGAAUAACGGAUUCGAAAUUUUUAAUUAGCGAAAAACGAUGAAACGUUUCGAGUCGUUUUUGUUCGUAAAUUUUUUAUAUUUCCCACUUGUGGUACUAUGAUUUUCCCUCAAAUUGAAGAAAGAUUUAUGUAUCGGGAAAUAAUGUGUGUGGAAAAUUUGUAUUCAGCCAAAACGAUGUUGAGAGAAUUAUUAAUAUUAUUAUUGCUAUUAUUUUUAUCAUGGUUAUUAUUAUGAUCAUUUGUAUUGCUAUGCGAAAUGAAAAGGUUUCAGGAUUAAGGAAGUGUAUGAAAAAGAAAUGAAUACUCGAAAGGGCUUUGCAAGGUUUACCUUCGUAAUUCGCGGACGCGUAAAUGCCGAUUGUAGAAAUGUUUACAUAAAUACGUACUGAAGUUUUUAUUAGUCCAAUGACGAUAAAAAAGAUUUUUUCAUGAUGAAAAUUAUUAGAACGAAUUGAAAUUUUGAAAUCGAAUUGUAUUAUCUAGGAAAAAAAAAGAAAUUAUAUGAAAAGAUCGAUGAUGAUGAUGAAAUACGUUUUUUUAUGUGAUAAAAAUUAUCGAGAUAUUUGAAAAUGAAAAUAAAAAAAAAAAACACAUUCAAGGAUUUAAAUAGUUCAGGAAGCUGUUGGAAUUACGUCUGCUUGAAGUACUGUUAACGAAGCGAACGUAUCUGCCCAAUUAUUGAAAUGAAAAUUACUGAUCCGUUUUAUAAUAACGCUAAUAAAUUUCGAGAGCCUUAAUUAUUAGAAAUUAAAUUCAAAAUUUUUUUUAUUCAAUUAUUUUUUUGGCGUGCUUCGUUUUAAAAUAGUAUUGAAACUGCCGUACAAAUGGUGAAAAACAUUUUUCAAUUUUUUGUUUUAUCGCUAACAUUCCAUUGACACCGGGAUUGCCAACUGAUCAAUAAUCCACAGCAUCGGCUUGCUUUCGAGCUAAACUCGUCGCACUAUCAAAUUCUCUGUUCAAUAAAAAUUUCCAUUUAAUUUUUGUUAAAUCUCGUUAAUAUUGGAAUACUCAAGAGCAAGCUGAUGUCGCGAUCGGUCGAUAAAAGUGCUGAAAAUGAAUGAUAAAUGAACGGGGUGAAGAAAGAAUAAACAGUGAAGACGAAAACUGAAAUAUUUUAGUGGCCUUUUCGUAGAUGUACCUAUAUAUUUUCGAAACGAUGGAAUGGACGAGUCGGAUGUGUUGCUGAGGAACAACAAAAAAAAUAAGGAUGAGAAAAGGGUGGGAGAGAGAGAGAGAAAUGAAAAUUAUACUGGACCGAGUUUGGAAAUGAAUUUGAGGAAUUUCAGGGUCGUCGACCUUCCGGUAUGUUUUCACCAUUGUAAUUCGUCUAAGAGACGUUGAAUAAUAUUAUUUAGAAAGGAUUAUUGCAAGGAAUAAACCAGGAAGGAAAGAGAGAUGAGAAAAAUAAGUAAAAAAGUUGGAAAUUUUAUUGGCAAAAGAGAAUAUUUAUAUGUUCUUCCAGGCUGUUAUUCGGGGUUACAUAGUAUCGUGAAUAUAGAGAUAUAGACGAUAAUAAAACGUUAACGUGUACGUUAUAGGCUAUUAGAUGUGUAAGUAACGAACGAUUGUUCCACGUAUUGUACCGAUUGCGAUUCGCGUUAAUAAUAGAUAUAGGAAGAAUAUUGAAAAAGUGGAGAAUAAGAAUAAUUGAAAACAGGAAGAUUGAAGAUAGCGAAUAAAUAAUGAAAAUGAAAGAAUUGCGGUUCGAAGGAUAUUGGAUAUGGCAAUCGAGGCACAGAGGCACACACACACACAUACGAUAUAUCCGGUGCCAAUGCAAUGUAUUUUGUGUACAUAGAACAAGCGAAUAAUUUAAAACUCACCGUCGAUAAAGCGAUAAAGCAUGGAAAACAGAGAAAAAAAACGUGAAACAAAAUCUGUUCGAUCGUAAUAUCUAAAAAAUGGGGAAGGCUGGAGGAAAAUCAAUCGUGGAAUGUCCUUCGUGCAUUUUCUCUCGGCAGUUGCGAGCCAAUAACUCCAAAAUCGUUCAUCACUGUACUUCAUUGAUCGUUUUUUUUUAUAUUCAAGUCAGCAUAAAAUUGCUUGCUCAGACCAUUAAAAACGUUUUCGUAAAUUUUUCAGGAUACAAUUUAAGAACCAGUGCUUCGAAGACUCGAAAUAAAAUUCGAAAUAAUUGUUAUUUGGAUUUGUUUGAUUAUUACCAAGCGAAUAACAGAUCUUGUGCUCAUCUUCAAUGGAAUAUUCAUCGCGGUGCACACGUCGAACGAAUAAUAUUUCCGAAUGCCCUGUUUUUGCGCGCAUUAUGAAUUUUCCGAUUGUAAAUUAUAAAUGUUUUUUUAAUUAUUCAAAUAAUUAAUAACGAAAUAACAAAAAAACGCCGGUCGAUCGAACACGCGAAACACUGUACAUAAUUACUAUUUCUACACACAUUAUUAUACACGAUAUAAAUAAUUAUAAAAAAGAAAAAUAAAAAACAAAAACAAAUGAAAAAACGUAAUUAUAUAUAUCCGAAGAUGUACGUAUAAUUUUUUUUGUAGCGAUUGGGUAUCAAAAAUUAAAAGAUCCUCGUGUUAGGAUUCGAUCGACCAAUGAUUCGCAAACGCUAUAUAUUCCGCCUAACUCAUAAGUGUGUGCGAGCGCAUGUGCGUGUAUGUGUGUACACAAUGUGCGCAGAAACGACGGCGUACAUACCUCAUUUUUUUAAAUAUCAAUCUCCAAGUUUAUACAUAACGUAAAUACAAAUAAAAAUAUAUAAAUAUAUAUUUUUUUCUCUUUCCCAUCGACCGUUCAAUCGGUUGUAGUACAUAUAAGUCUAUGACGAAUGAUUGAGAAUGUUUUCCACUCGUAUUUCAUCGUUAAGAAAAUUUUUAUCGAAAUUUCAGUAUUUAACAAUAAAACCAAAGUCUCGAAAAUUUUUCACUGUCUCGAGAACUUUUCUAGCGAGUUUUUGGCAAUUUUUUUAAAGAAUUUCAUUCCGAAUGACUACCAUUGAGUGAUUGGAAGCUCGAAAUUUAUUUUUAUUGUUGAAUUUUGUAAAAUCGUUAUAUAUAUAUAUAUCAAAUUUCAGAUGGAAAACGUUUGGAAAAGAUUCUCAAUCGCACUCACUUUUGCUCUUUCAUUUUCUAAACACUUUGAUCUCGCGCUUUCUCUGUAUUGGGAAUAAAUGAAGGAGAAAAAAAUCACGUAGGCUUAUAAUCUUUCACGAUCGAACGAUGAAACUGUACGUUGUUUCAUGACACGUCAUCCAUGACACCGAGGUUGUAACAUAGUAGAAUUUAAGGCGAAGAAGGAAUAAAAUGUACGUUAAACAACAGUAUAAAACAUUAUGUAACGAACAAAUAAAAUAGUAAUAAUAAUGAUAAUAAUGAUAUUAGUCGUAAUAAAGAAAAAAAAUACGAAAUAAAACUAACGUGUUGACAUUUCGUAUUGAACAGUCGAUCGAUAUUCCUGUCGCGAUGUCAAUUGAUUCUUUAUUCAUUAAGGCAACACUCCAAUGGACAGCAAUUUUUGAGGAGUUUAUAAUGUUACGUUUAAACGAUUAACGAAAUUGGUAAAGCAGCAAAAAACAUUCUUUCAAAUGAAACGGGUGUCUUAUGAGAAAAAUUUCAAUUUUUAUUCUUCCCCGGAACAGGAGUAUUAAUGAAAAUGUAAAAAAAGCUUGAUUCAAAACCGGUGAAAAAUGACAAGGAGGAUGAACCUUUUUUUGAUUUCGAUCAUAUGCCUUGUUCCCGAAAAACUCGGCUUCAAAAGUUACCGCAUAACCUCAAAUUCUUUUUGUUUCAAUUUUAAGCAUUCUCUCCUAUCUCAAAUGAAAAGCUAAACACGAUUGAAUUUAUCGAAUUUUCUGAAACGACAGCCCCGAAUCUUCCAUUUUCGAAUAUGCUGGACAUAUCACCAAAAUAAUCAAUAAAAAUCUUUUAAAAUCUGUUGAAGUAUACAUAAAAAAUGAAAAUCCGCAGAAAACUAAAGCCUGAAUCGACAGCGCCUCUAUCGCUGAUGUCUUUUUCUUCUUCAACUAUUGCUAAAAAACGAAGGCAAAAAAUCAAUAAUACGUUUACACAAAACGCUCUAUCGACUGCCGUUUGAAAAAAAAUCGUAAAAUAUGGAAAAAAAUUCAAGAGAUAUUUCAAAAUAAAAUAAAAAGAAAACCAAAAAAUUAAUGUGUUUUUCUAACGAGACACUCCUGACGUGGAAAUGAAAAUAAGGAAAAAAAACGUGACAAAGAGAAGCAAAUAUAAAGAAGCAUAAAAGUGUAGAAAAUUACUCGGAACUAUACGCGCAAGACUGAGGAGCUUGUAUAUAUAUAUAAAAAAGCGAACACGAAGGGGAAAAAAACAGAACAAAAUAUGAAUAAUAGUUAUUGAUAGUUCUAACGCGAAGCAUAUUAUAAAUAAAUUAAUAAAAAAAGACGAUGAAGAACAUAAACACAAUGCUAUAUAUAUAUAUACUUACCGAAGAUGAAAGAAAUAUCCCAAAAGAGGCCACGGGUUAUUAGAUACGUGAUCCCAAAUCGCGUUCCCUUCAUUUGUUUUGUGCAUUUUCCAUUUCUACUGUUUUUUGCGACUCCGUAAAAUGUACAUAUAACCUUAAAAUACGGGAAUGAAAGAGCGUUUACGUGUUCCGUGACGAAUGAAUAAUAAAUGAUGAAAGAAUUGUGUAUAAUAUUAAUUCAUAAUUAUCGCGAUGUCAUGACAGCAUUAUAUAGUAUAUUUCAUAUUUCUUCCACGUAAAACAGCAGAAAAAGAAAACAAACGAAACACACCGUAAAACUGAACUGUACACGUUCGUAAACUUUGUCGACGCAUUCGAGAAAUUUGCAUGAUUUCGAAAUUUACUCCAUUGGAAAGUUAGGAAAUGUUUACUUUCAAUGGAACUCGUCAUCGAUUUUCUAUAAAUAUAAAAACUGCGAAACGUUUUGGUAGGCCAAAAACGCAGAAAAGCCAUGAAAUGAAACAAAGAAUUUUCUUUGCCUUCCAACGAGAGUAAACUUCGAAAAAUUUGAUCACAUUUCACGAGGAUGAAUUAGUCCUUUUUCUAUUCUUCACCAAGAGAAAUACGAUAUUUUUAAAUCAUUUCCGCAAAGUGUAAGAAAAGUAAAGAAAAACGUAUCAAAGAGACGAAUCGUCGAUAGAGUUACGUCGUAACGCUUCAUAACCAUCUAAUCAUUGUUUUUUUUUCACAACUCCUCGCGUCGAUUCCCCGAAUGAUUUUUAUUCGUAUUAAACUACUGUAAUACCGAAUAAAACACGUAACGAUGCGAAAAAAUAUAACGAAAAACGAAAGAAGCAUUAAAAAUUAGUAAAACUAUAAAAAAAAAUCCUUUUUUUUCUACGACAUGAUAUUGUGUCAUGAUGAUGCCUAAACUUAGGGAAUAAAACACGUGCUAGAACAAGAAAAAAUUAUGAAAAACAACAAGUAUUUGCCAUCGUACUCCGUUGAACUGCUACUCAUUCGAGUGUUCAUAACAAACAACAAAAAACACAAUUACAAUCCCGAUAUUCGUACACUAUAAGUUUAAUAGAGGUUUAAGUAUUAAUGUCACAAAUAAUGUAAUAUCCUUCCUCCCCCAUCCUUUCCUCCAAGAAAAAAAACAAUGAGACAAAAAUACAGAGAUUAAAUAAAUAAAGAUAAUAAAAUUGAA